AUGGGGGCGGUGCUCCUUCGGCGUGGAGGCUGCCUCCUACUCUGGAUGGCACUGCUCCUGGGAUGUUGGGCUGAGCUUGGCAGUGGCUUGGAGUUCCCAGGAGCAGAGGGCCAAUGGACUCGCUUCCCCAAAUGGAAUGCCUGCUGUGAGAGCGAGAUGAGCUUUAACAUGAAAACCCGCAGUUCCAGUGGCCUGGUCCUUUACUUUGAUGAUGAGGGCUUCUGCGACUUCUUGGAGUUAAUUCUGACACAAGGUGGGCGGCUCCAGCUAAGUUUUUCCAUCUUCUGUGCUGAGCCUGCCAUCUUACUCUCUGACAUGGCUGUCAAUGACAACCUGUGGCACACUGUGAUCAUUCGCCGCAAUUUUAAGAAUACAACACUACUAAUUGAUCAGACUGAGGCUAAAUGGGUAGAAGUGAAAUCUAAGCGGCGGGACAUGACGGUCUUUAGUGGUCUCUUUCUAGGAGGAUUGCCUCCAGAGUUGCGUUCACCUACCCUAAAAGUAACACUCUCCUCAGUGAAGGAUAGGGAACCCUUCAAAGGAUGGAUAACAGAUGUAAGAGUCAAUUAUACACAGUCUUCACCUGUGGAGAGUCAAGAAGUACGUCUGGAUGAUGAACAGAGCCACUUAUGUGCUAGAGAUGUUUGCCUCAAUGGUGGUGUAUGCUCUGUGCUCAACAAUCAGGCGGUGUGUGACUGCUCCCAUACUGGUUUCCAUGGGAAGGAUUGCAGUGAAGAGGUUAAAUUCAUAAUUAAUUGCAUAGUCCCGGUGAUUUAUAUUCAUCAAAAUCAGAUAGGUAAAUACUGUUGUUCACUACUGAAUAGUUUUCCUACCCUCUUAGAAAAGGAUUUAAAUCCAGAGGGUCUGGCGCACUUGAUGAUGGGCGACCAAGGUAAAAGUAAAGGAAAAGAAGAAUACAUUGCAACAUUCAAAGGAUCAGAGUAUUUCUGCUAUGACCUCUCACAGAAUCCUAUUCAAAGCAGCAGUGAUGAAAUAACUCUGUCCUUUAAAACUCUACAGAGGAAUGGACUAAUGCUUCACACUGGGAAAUCAGCUGAUUAUGUCAACCUUGCCCUGAAAAAUGGAGCUGUCUCCUUAGUUAUUAAUUUGGGCUCAGGGGCCUUUGAAGCACUGGUGGAACCUGUGAAUGGGAAAUUUAAUGACAAUGCCUGGCAUGAUGUGAAAGUAACCAGGAAUCUGCGUCAGCACUCAGGCAUUGGACACGCUAUGGUAAACAAACUACAUUGUUCGGUGACUAUAUCAGUGGAUGGAAUUCUGACCACGACGGGCUACACACAAGAAGACUACACCAUGUUGGGCUCCGAUGAUUUUUUCUAUGUUGGAGGCAGUCCUAGCACAGCAGACUUGCCAGGAUCACCAGUCAGUAACAACUUUAUGGGUUGUCUCAAAGAGGUUGUUUAUAAAAACAAUGAUGUAAGACUGGAAUUGUCUCGACUGGCCAAACAAGGAGAUCCUAAGAUGAAGAUUCAUGGUGUUGUGGCAUUUAAGUGUGAAAAUGUGGCAACCUUGGAUCCAAUCACUUUUGAAACACCAGAAUCCUUUAUUUCUUUGCCUAAAUGGAAUGCCAAAAAAACAGGCUCAAUAUCCUUUGACUUUCGCACCACUGAACCCAAUGGGCUGAUUCUCUUCAGCCAUGGCAAACCACGACAUCAGAAAGAUGCCAAACAUCCACAAAUGGUUAAAGUUGACUUCUUUGCCAUUGAAAUGCUUGAUGGGCACCUCUACCUGCUUUUAGACAUGGGCUCUGGAACAAUUAAAAUAAAAGCUUUGCAGAAAAAAGUGAAUGAUGGAGAGUGGUACCAUGUUGACUUUCAAAGAGAUGGACGAUCUGGUACUAUUUCUGUCAACACGAUGCGAAGUCCUUAUACUGCACCAGGAGAAAGUGAGAUCUUGGAUCUAGAUGAUGAUUUAUACCUUGGAGGUUUGCCAGAAAAUAAAGCUGGCCUUGUCUUUCCAACGGAGGUCUGGACAGCCCUUCUAAAUUAUGGCUAUGUGGGCUGUAUUCGAGAUUUAUUUAUUGAUGGACAAAGUAAAGAUAUCCGUCAAAUGGCAGAAAUCCAGAGCACAUCUGGGGUGAAACCCUCCUGUUCAAGAGAAACAGCAAAGCCAUGUCUAAGCAACCCAUGCAAAAACAAUGGCAUAUGUAGAGAUGGCUGGAACAGAUAUGUCUGUGAUUGUUCUGGUACAGGUUACCUGGGCAGAUCAUGUGAACGAGAGGCAACUGUUCUAAGCUAUGAUGGAAGCAUGUUUAUGAAAAUUCAACUCCCUAUGGUGAUGCACACAGAAGCAGAAGAUGUCUCCUUACGGUUCAGGUCUCAGAGAGCAUAUGGCAUUCUGAUGGCCACGACUUCAAGAGAAUCUGCUGAUACAUUGCGUUUAGAGCUGGAUGCAGGACGAGUUAAGCUAACAGUCAACCUAGACUGUAUCAGGAUUAACUGUAAUUCCAGCAAAGGUCCAGAGACACUUUUUGCUGGAUAUAACCUCAAUGACAAUGAAUGGCACACAGUACGUGUAGUUCGAAGAGGAAAAAGUUUAAAGUUAAUAGUAGAUGACCAACAAGCCAUGACAGGUCAAAUGGCUGGGGAUCAUACAAGACUGGAAUUCCAUAAUAUAGAGACGGGAAUCAUAACAGAACGGCGUUACUUGUCCUCAGUCCCUUCCAACUUCAUUGGUCAUCUGCAAAGCCUCACUUUUAAUGGCAUGGCAUACAUUGAUUUGUGUAAAAAUGGGGACAUUGACUACUGUGAACUAAAUGCCCGCUUUGGCUUCCGGAACAUCAUUGCUGACCCAGUCACCUUUAAAACGAAAGCCAGCUAUGUAGCUCUUGCCACAUUGCAAGCAUAUACAUCUAUGCACCUGUUUUUCCAGUUCAAAACAACAUCAUUGGAUGGGUUAAUACUUUACAACAGUGGAGAUGGCAAUGACUUUAUUGUAGUUGAAUUAGUAAAAGGGUAUUUACAUUAUGUGUUUGAUUUGGGAAAUGGUGCAAAUCUUAUCAAGGGAAGUUCCAAUAAACCUCUGAAUGACAACCAGUGGCACAAUGUAAUGAUAUCACGGGAUACCAAUAAUCUCCACACUGUAAAAAUUGACACAAAAAUCACAACACAAAGCACGGCAGGAGCAAGAAACUUGGAUCUCAAAAGUGAUCUAUAUAUUGGAGGAGUAGCAAAAGAGACUUACAAAUCCUUGCCAAAAUUGGUCCACGCCAAAGAAGGAUUUCAAGGCUGCCUUGCCUCUGUGGACCUCAAUGGGCGUCUUCCAGAUUUGAUUUCAGAUGCUCUGCUUUGCAAUGGACAGAUAGAAAGAGGAUGUGAAGGCCCCAGCACCACAUGCCAAGAAGACUCCUGUGCCAACCAAGGUGUCUGCUUACAGCAAUGGGAUGGGUUUAGCUGUGACUGUAGCAUGACUUCUUUCAGUGGGACACUGUGCAAUGACCCGGGAACAACAUACAUAUUUAGCAAAGGUGGUGGACAGAUUACAUAUACCUGGCCUCCCAAUGAUCGGCCCAGCACCCGAGCAGAUAGACUGGCCAUUGGGUUUAGCACAGUUCAAAAAGAAGCCAUCUUGGUGCGUGUGGAUAGUUCGACUGGGCUCGGUGAUUAUUUAGAGCUGCAUAUCCAUCAAGGAAAAAUUGGUGUUAAAUUUAAUGUUGGAACAGAUGAUAUCGCAAUUGAAGAAGUCAACGCAAUCAUUAAUGAUGGGAAAUACCAUGUAGUACGUUUUACAAGAAGUGGUGGUAAUGCCACAUUACAGGUGGACAACUGGCCGGUUAUAGAACGCUACCCAGCAGGAAACAAUGAUAACGAGCGCCUGGCGAUUGCUAGACAGCGAAUUCCAUAUCGGCUUGGUCGAGUAGUUGAUGAAUGGCUACUCGACAAAGGGCGUCAACUCACAAUCUUCAAUAGCCAAGCAACGAUAAAAAUUGGAGGCAAGGAGCGAGGUCAUCCAUUUCAGGGUCAGCUUUCUGGACUCUACUACAAUGGUUUGAAAGUCCUGAACAUGGCUGCCGAGAAUGAUGCCAACAUAGUGAUAGAAGGGAAUGUCAGACUCGUUGGUGAAGUGCCUUCCUCUAUGACAACUGAGUCAACUGCCACUGCAAUGCAAUCAGAGAUGUCCACCUCAGUCAUGGAAACUACUACCACUCUGGCUACCAGCACAGCUAGAAGAGGAAAGCAACCUACAAAAGAAUCCAUUGUUCAGACCACAGAUGACAUCUUGGUGGCCUCAGCUGAAUGCCCCAGCGAUGAUGAGGACAUUGAUCCCUGUGAGACGAGCUCAGGUGGGUUAGCAAGUCCCACCAAACCAGGACGGGGAGGAUACCCAAGUUCUGAAGAGGUGGUUCGGGAAUCCAGCAGCACGACUGGCAUGGUGGUUGGGAUCGUAGCAGCAGCUGCUCUGUGCAUUCUCAUUCUUCUCUACGCUAUGUACAAGUACAGGAACCGAGAUGAAGGCUCCUAUCAUGUUGAUGAGAGUCGAAACUACAUCAGUAACUCAGCACAGUCCAACGGGGCUGUGAUUAAGGAAAAGCAACCCAACAGCUCUAAAAGCUCCAGCAAAAAUAAGAAAAACAAGGAUAAGGAGUACUAUGUCUGAUCCCAACAACUGGAAAGAACAAUUGUAUAGAAAUAGUCUUCAUUUUAUCUUGAGACAUAAAACAAAACUUA